AUGUUAGACCUCCUCUUAGGACUAUACCUUGUACUCCAACGUAUUCCCUUGUACUCUGAGUUGCGCUAUCUCUGGCCUACGGAACACUCUUGUUCCAUGGACAGUCUUCGGGUUCAAAUACAUGGGCCUCAAACCCUCGAGAAUGCCUCGUCCGGCACCACUGGCAGAUCGUUAUAUUACUCUUGGAAAGUCAAAGAGCCCGGUAUAUUCUCCUUGAAGACAAAAGGUUUCGAUCCAGAGCGCGUAGCCGUCUCCUCCCCUGAAAUGAGUCGAUUGGUGCCGAUGUCUCAUGAUCUUUCGUCUUAUAUUCAAGGAAUUGGCAUUGCUCCGACCCAGGUAGAGGCUGUGACUCUCGAAGAGCUUCGCUCGACGCGUCAAAAGGAGGUCCGAGAAAUGGAAUCCCGGCGCGAUGAGAUGCUGCUCUCGAUCAAGGCUCUCUGUGAAGAUCUCCUGGCAAUGGAGGAAACUAUGGAAGGCAAAACAAGGGAGGCCGCAAUCCCACACCCUCCACUUCGCAAGGACUGCCCUCCAUUGAUUAUCUGUCGAGUAUGCACCCUCUGGAGGGAUAUUGCCAUCAAGGACCCUUUCUUGUGGACACACAUCGCGUUUGACUAUCCUGUGUGGGACGACUACAUCCACUCGGACGAGGAAUAUGGCUCGGACGGAGAGGAGUUGACGCCAUCCAGGGACGAGGGACCAGUGGUUGAAGAUUAUCAACGCCUCAUGCGAAGGGUGCAACUUUUUGUCCAACGCGCCGGAAACGCACCCCUCUCCCUUACCAUCGGCAACAACCCAACGGACAAGAUAAGAGUUGCCAAUCCCUCCCCAACACUCCAAGCCUGCAAACAGAAUGCCUUCAAGCUAAUGAUCUCCCUCUUCCCAAGAUGUCGCUCGGUCGAAUUUUACGCGGAACACGGGUGGGGCAUUUCGUUCUUCAGAGGGCUUGUUCAGGGCGUGUUUUCCAACUUGGAAAGACUCGAAAUCAACUUUUCGCACGAAUUAACCUCCAGUCCCCCUGCGGAGGCGAAAGUAUUCACACUUUCCUCGCAUCACAAUCCAACUCGAGAAAGAUGGAUGGAGGAUUCGCGCGGCCUGAUUCCUUUUUUAACUAUCGACGAGAACCAACAGAAGGAAGAGAACUUUUUGCCCCCUCUUCCACGAUUACGCACCCUCAUCUUGUACUACGGUGACAAGACAUUGGGCUAG